AGUCCCGGGGCGCGCGCAUGACGCGACUGGGACUAGGCCGGGUCCGGAGGCAGCUGGGGGCCGGCAGGUGGGCCGCUCAGUGCGUUGAAGGAUUCGAUCCCCAGUCCCUCCCUCCCAGUUCUAGGCGCCCCAAACCGCUCCAGGCCCGAGAGGUGGGCGGCCGCCUUAGUGGCUUCCGACUCUAGCUGGGGGCGGGGGGCCUCUGGCAACCUCGGUCUCUUCAAACCUUUGGGGUCUUCCGACUGUGUGGAAGGGGAAGCGGGGUCCGCACGGGUAGGACUGGGUCCCGCGGCCCCCAGGCCAGGAGCGUUCAAGUGCGCGUUCCCCUCCCCCGCCAAGGGUCCUGGCCCGGUUCGGGGGCGGAGGCAGCGGAGCCAGUCCCAGCGCCCAGUGCGGCAGCGGUCAGAGUGAGGAGGGUGCUUCUCCAGCCGCGCCCCGCCCUGGGCCGCUAGCGAACCUUUGCGUCCUUCUGGCUCCAGGGAAAAGUUCGCUGUUUCUCCGCCUUUUGGCCAAGAUCAAGGGUUCCAUGAGGACGGGCCUUGAGUCUGUCCUGGUCUCUGGAAUCAUGGUGUCUAGUAGAGGCCACAGCACACAGCAAAUAUAUAAAUGUACAAAUGAGUGAAUGAAGAGAAUCUGAUUGGCCUUAAGGAACUUACGCACUUAAAAUAAUUGGGCAGAAGAGAAGCAGUGAAGGAGUGCAGAGGCGUCACCUGAAAGUUUACAAGCCCUUCCACUUUCUCUCUGAGGCAGAAAGAGCAAGGGUUUUUCUCUCCAUUUUAUGGUUGGGAAAAUUGAGGCCCGCCUGAGUGUAUGACUUGUGGCAAGUCACUCUGGUCAUCUGGGGCAGAGGCUCCCCAGAGCCCAGGCCUCCUGCCUCCAGUCCCCAGCCCGCAGCCCAGGAUUAGGCAGAGCCAGCUGCUUUCCCGUGGCUGCCCUGACUCCUUACAGGGAUCACUGAGAUUCUGAUGAACAGACCUUCUGCCCGCAAUGCCUUGGGGAAUGUCUUUGUCAGUGAGCUGCUGGAAAGUCUGGCCCAGCUGCGGGAGGACUGGCAGGUGCGUGUCCUGCUCUUCAGAAGUGGAGUGAAGGGCGUGUUCUGUGCAGGUGCAGACCUGAAGGAGCGGGAACAGAUGAGUGAAGCAGAGGUGGGGGUGUUUGUCCAGCGACUCCGGGGCCUGAUGAAUGACAUCGCAGCCUUCCCUGCACCCACCAUUGCGGCUAUGGAUGGGUUUGCCUUGGGCGGAGGCCUGGAGCUUGCCCUGGCCUGUGACCUCCGAGUGGCAGCUUCCUCGGCCAUCAUGGGACUGAUUGAGACCACGCGAGGGCUCCUCCCGGGGGCAGGAGGGACUCAGAGGCUGCCCCGUUGUCUGGGGGUGGCCCUGGCGAAGGAGCUCAUCUUCACAGGCCGACGACUGAGUGGAACGGAGGCCCACGCACUGGGGCUGGUGAAUCACGCUGUGGCCCAGAACGAGGAGGGGGACGCCGCCUACCAGCGGGCACGAGCACUGGCCCAGGAGAUCCUGCCCCAGGCCCCCAUUGCUGUGCGGCUGGGCAAAGUAGCCAUUGACCGAGGAAUGGAGGUGGACAUUGCAUCCGGGAUGGCCAUUGAAGGGAUGUGCUAUGCCCAGAACAUUCCAACCCGGGACCGGCUAGAGGGCAUGGCAGCCUUCAGGGAGAAGCGGCCCCCCAAAUUUGUUGGCAAAUGACCCCCAUUUUAACCUUCAGCAUGGGAGAUGCAUGCCCUGAAGAGCAGGAUCCAGAAGGAAGAUUUGUGGCCGGAUUGCCUUCAUCAUUUCACCUCUCCAGGCUUCCGUUUCUUCACAAGGAUGAUGAUGGAGAUAAAAUGACUGGCGUGAUGCCUGGAACCAAGGUGCUGAUCCUACCACCUACUGCUACCUUCCUUAGCUUCACCCUGACUAGAAAUAAUCACGAGGGUUGGGUUUGCUUUGGAAAAGGCCUGUCUCUCUACUUGAAUGAUAAAGAAUUAGAUUAGAUCUCUCUGA